AGCAAAGGUUUGUGCGCGUGGGUGCGGCACCGCGACUGCGGCCCGGUGGUACUUGGAACCAAACUCACAUGUGGGUGGCUACAUCGCCGAGUAGGUUUGGUUUUACCUGGCAAAAACUACAUUUAAAUAUGUUUAGUGGGAUAAGGCUGUGACGGCAACAGCGAGCGCGCGGUAAUUCACCAGUAAGCUUUGAGACGUCGCGCAGUGCGGACGUGCGCGCGAGUUGAAGCGACCGAGUGUAGCUGCAGCGAUCGAUACACACACCGACAUGGAAGUCGCGGGUCAAUGGCGCCGGGAGUGGGCUGGAACUGCCGAAUAUGGCAAGGUGACGUCAGGCGGCGUGACGCGUCAGGUGGCGCGAGCGAUGGAGGUGCUGCACGCCAGCAGCGGGGGCUCCCGGGUGCGGGUGCUGCGCGCCGCCUACCACGCCACCACCGGCUCCGGAGCCCCGGCACAAUCCUUCAUGAUGCACUCCUCUAGACGGGUUAUAUCUUCAGGCUCAAGCUUUAUGGACCCGUCGGCAUUUUUAACAAAGCCACUGGAAAUAGCGUCGAAACCAUUUGAGAUCUCCUCAACGCCACUAGAAUCUUCACCAGAACGCUUCUCGGAAUCAGAAAACUAUAAAGUGACAGAACCAGACGACACGGAGAUAUCAGAGCCGUCUAAGUGGAGGAGUCCAGCCAGUACUAACGGAAGGAUGCCCAGUGAAGAGUCCUCCUCCACCGCUGACAACUUCAGCGUCAUAGAUCUCGACACACGAGUGAACAAACACUCCAGUUUGCUAAGAAAAUACUCUUUUGACUCCGACAGCAGCGAGAUUCAGUCCAAGCAGUCCCCCAAACGAAACUCAACCAGAGCAUCUCCUUUACUAGACCCACCUGUGAGCUUGAGCACUUUGAAAUACAAAUCACUCUUGAAUGGUAACAAUGAUAGCUGGAACGACAGACGAAAGAGCUACAGCUUCGAAGACACUUCACCUUUAUCGGAAACUAUUCAGCACAAAAACGAUACGCUAGCUAUGGAAUCCUCAACAGAUAGCGGUAUUUGUAAAUCUACUGAAGUCGUAAACGAACCUACAGAUGAGAGAACCCAUCACAUACACGUGGACACGAGCGACGCCAGCUACGAGCCUAGAGAGGGCUCCUUCAGGGACUGGCUCGCCAGAAAUAGACAGUACAAAGAAACUCCUAUUAAAAGUCAUAGAGAUAACUGUAUCAUCGAGGAACCUUCAGAAGAUAAGAUAACAUUACAAUCUGCAGGAAAAGUGUCCAUAGCUUUACCAAUGAAUAAUCAAAUAGACGACAAAUACCAAUACAUGAAAACUCAUAUCAAUAAUGAAGAAAGAAGAGUCAAAAGAGUUGAAUUCUGCAAAACGGAACUACAUUUUGCAGCAGAUUCUGGGAAAGUUAAUAUAAUAGCUACAGAUGAAAAACCUCCUCCAACUAAUGAUUUUCGAAGAAGGAGAAGUGCUUUUGUACCAAUUAAGAGUAAUUUUGAUAAACCUGUAACUUUGUUCGGUGAAAGAAUUAACGAUUUCACUCCUAUCAAUGAUUUCGAGAGCAAUCUGAAUGGCGAUCCCGGUGAAUCCGAUGAGAAUACAGCAGCUACAAAAAGUAUUCUCAAAAACAAAAUUCCGAAACCCAAACCUUAUCUCCUUGGAGAGAACAUGGUAUUUGGGAAGAAUGAUACUUACGAAAAUGGAAGGACAUUAAUAGAAAAUGUUGUCCCCGCAGCAGUAUCAUUAAUUAACAAACAGUUACAACCAGAAGAUAAGAAAUAUGUUCCUACAGUGAUAAGCAAUAAACAAAAUGACACCAAGACUAAAAACGAAGGUUCAAGCUUCCAUAUCAAAGAAGAAAUGAGUGAAAAUCAAUACUUCCAGAGAUUUAAAUCUGAAAGAAACUCAUUCAGAGACGACUUUAAAAAGUUCCAAGAUGUUGCAAUCGAGUCUAACAAUACUCGAUCUGUUAAAGAGAAGCUAAGGAACUUUCAAACAUCACCAGUCAUUCAAGUGAAACCGAAAGCCAGAAAGCUUAGAGAAAAUGAGUUAACGUAUUUUGGAGUUGGCAAUAACAAAUCUAACGACGAGCAAAGAGAAUCUUUACAGGAUUCAAUAAUGCGAGUAUAUAAUAAAACUCGUGAAACACAUUCAGACAAUGAUUUGCAAUCUGUCAAACUAAUACAACGAGUGUCCAACAGCGUCUGUAACAGCGAAGCAGAAUCAGAAGAUACUCCUGAAUAUCAAAACCUCCCAAUCAAAAAUUCCCAUGCUCCCCUACCUGUGCCUCGGCCACGUACUAGAGUUCUAAGCGAUUACAAGACUGAUAGGUAUGCCGAUGAGGAUUCAGAAAAAGUGGUAAUUUUAAAGCCUAUCGUUGAACAAAGCUAUGUAGUGCAAGACAAUACGAUCGAGCGGGAGUCACGAAGGUCUCGGCAGAGGCGACACGAUGCUACGACAACAUCGAAGACCCGCAGUAUAUCUGAGCCUCCCAAGCACAAGAAUAUUGUGGCCGCGUAUGACAGGCCUAAUCGAGAUGGCAGACGAGUCUACAAUGACGUUUCUAAAUCUAAAUCGAAACGCUAUGGUGAGAAGUACACAGAAGAGGUUCAAGAGCCCUUACAUUGUGAAGAGCAGAAUUUACCUGAAGAAGAGGCCCUAUACGUCAACAUCAACGGUGAGUCGGAGCCAGAAGUCAAACGCGUCAAUUCGCCGAAGAAUUCACCAGAACUUCAAGAUCACUCCCGAGACCGGCAUCGAUGGAAGUCAAGCACUGAUAGACAUGAAAAAAGUCAUCGAAAACUUGAAAACGAAACUAUUCAAGAAGACCCUAACAGAGGAUCGAUAAAAUCUAGAUCAAGUAAGCAUACAAAUUCAAUAGAUCAACAUACCGAAUCAAGUAGGAAGAAAAUUGAGAAAAGUUCGACAAGAUCUCGCAAAGACAAUACAUCCGUAUCAAGAGAUAGAAAGCGCAGUGAAAUUGUUUUACCUACUAAUGAGCCUGAUGUUAUUGAGCUAAGGAUUGCCGAAAAAUCCCCAAACAAAGAAAGUAGACACUACACUCAUAGAGAACGCACACAUCAGUUAGAUACGAUUGAGAAGCUAAAAGAUAACAAACACGGCUCUUACGGAAAAACCUCCUCUAAAGGUAUCGACACAGUUGACGAAAGAACUAACUCAAAAAGACGCGAACGAAGCAAAUCGAGGGACAAAUCAGAACGACAUUUAGACAACACAAAGGCCGCCGAUUAUAAUACUCAAAAUAAACAUACUAAGCGAAUCGAAGAUCGUGACUCCACAGUCAAAUCAGACAAAAAUAAGCGCAGAGAGUAUGUAAUUAACUACGACGAUAAAAACGGCACCGUAUCGUCCAUCUGUAAACUGAAGCCUGGUACCAAGAGAAUGAGCACUCACCCAGAGAAAAUAAAAGAGAUGCAGUACCAGGAACCACUGUGGAUACCGAGCGAGAGUCGCCACGACAGAAAGUGGAAGACAAAAGUGUAUUCUCAACGAAACUGCCAGCUACUGUAGCUUACUAGUCGUGCCGAUGUGUGUGAAUCCUUAACAUUGCGUAGUUCUCUACCAAGUAUGUUAAAGUAGAAUAAUGAUCUCAGAAUCAAUUCCUGAACUUUGUAAAACAUAAGUUAGUUUUCAGUAACAGUUAAUGUAAUUUAAACGCAGAUAUAAUGGACAAACUAAGUAUUUAUUAAAUUAACGUAACGUAACAUAAAA